AUGUCUCCAUUUAAUCUUUUCGUAUCUAACGCAGAUGGGCAUUGCUCCCGCCCUAAUGAUACACUCGGACCCUCAGAGCUGAACCGUUCAGUCUGUCAGCAGUAUGUUAGAAAAAUGCCUCAGCAAUGGCAUAGGAUGAAAUGUGGCAAUAAAACACCUACAUCCAUUGACAAAACCUGUUGUCGCUCUUGGUGUGAGCAGUUGACUUCCUGUUUCAGUCAGUUGCCUUUUUGGAAAGAAGACUGUGUUAGAAUGUGGAGGUGCAAGGAAAAUAAAAACCCUCGCAAACAGAUUUCUAUUAUAUUGAAAAAUACAACAGACUCGUCGUACUUGGGCAGAAUCAAAGUGAAACAGUGCUGGGCGAGGAAACCGAAUUUUCCCACCAUUAAGACAACACCAUCAAGCGAAUUUUCAAACAAGAAACUUGUUGACACCAUCCUAAAAGAAGUGAUGGGGUCUUCUGAAAAUGAUGUAAAUCAAGAAAGGAUGGAACGCACUUUCCUCACUAUUAGUGAUUUGGAGGAGUUCAUUGGGAAUUAUGCUCAAAAUCACCUUACUCAGACCGUACCUAAGAUGUACAUCAGUAGUGAAAAUGCAGAUAUAUUGGUCAGGAAGAUUUUCCACGACAAUGAGACUGGAGUACAAUUUGAGGAUGAUAAAGGAGAAAACUACAUCAGCCUUCCUGUUACAGGCUUCGAUAAGGGAUCAGUUGUACUUUGUGUCAUUUACAAAGAUCUCCAUAAAGUAUUCCUGAAAAACCAGACCGACUCUACUCCUCUCAAUAGAUUCAGUAAUAUCUUAUCUGCAACGAUAUGGCCGAGGAACAACACUUUCAGGAAGAAUGUUACAUUGAAAUUUAAAAACCUAGCGAACGCGUCGAACAGAAGCUGUGUGUUUUGGAAUACUUCGGAAAACAGAUGGUCCGGACAAGGGUGCCUCCUGCUAUCGAGGAACGACUCUUACACCGAGUGUAGCUGCAAUCAUUUGACUCACUUUGCGCUUCUUAUGCAGUUUGACAGGGGAACUAGUGAUAACGGUUUAACUAAGACUGACGAAAAAGCGCUGGAAAUACUCACAUAUGUGGGCUUGUCUUUCUCUCUGGUUGGAAUCACUUUAACGAUCACCAGUUAUGCUGUUCUUACAGACAUGAGAGGGCCUUUAUCUCAGAUUCGAGUGAGUCUAGUCGCUUCACUUGGCGCAGGUCAACUUUUCUUCCUAACCGGAAGUGGUGCUGUUGAGAACAAGUCUGCCUGUGUUACAGUAGCAGCUUUUGUUCAAUAUUUCCUAAUGGCCGCUUUCUGCUGGAUGUUGAUCGAGGGAGUUUAUCUCUACCUGUUUGUUGUAAAAGUUUACGACAUCAACGACAAGAUGAAGGUUUCACAUGGAUUUUCAUGGGGUCUACCCGCUCUCGUCGUUUCCAUAUCGUUGGGCAUUGCAGCAGGAACCGGGCCGGGGAUUAAAAGCUAUGUCAGUGAGAAGUUCUGCUGGAUGUCAUCCUCUAACGGUGCAGUUCUCUACCGCAGACAAAGCAAACAAUAUCAUUAG